AUGGGGUGUUGCCUCCGCCUCGGCCGCGUCCCGACCCUCGUCGUCUCCUCCCCUGACGCUGCCCGGGAUGUCCUCCGCACCCACGAUCACAUCUGCGCCAGCCGCUCCUCCACCACCGUCACCCGCAUCCUCCUCGAUGGCUGCAGCGACAUGGCCUUCGCCCCCUAUGGCGACGAGUGGAGGCAACACUGCCGGAUAUGCAGCCUCCACCUGCUGAGCCCCAAGAUGGUACAGUACUACGCUCUGGUUCGCGAGCAGGAGGUGGCCACCAUGGUUGCCGCCAUCUGCUCCCGUGGAUUGGCAGCGGAGAUCGACAUGUCUGCCGUCCUAUUUGCCUUCUCCAACGACAUCCUGUGUCAGAUAGUCACGGGGAAGAAGUUCGAAGGGAGGAAAGGGUUGUUCUCGAAGCUCAUCUCAGAGAACUCGGUGAUGCUGGCCAAGAUUUAUCUCGGGGAUUACCUCCCGUGGCUCAGUUGGGUGGAUUGGUUGCUCGGCAAGGUCGCACGAGUGAAGAAGAACCAUAAGAGGUGGGGUGAUCUGCUGGAUCAGAAGGAUCCCGUGUUGGAAUCCAUCCUCACUCCGGAAGUCAUCAAGGCGCUUCUUCAGGGAGUGGCUAAUGUUGAAGUUGCUUCCUUUUCUGUGUACCUGCCUAUUUUCUUCGGUGUGGUUGGUAGUCCAGCCAGGGAGGGAAGUUUUGGAGAGAAGCUGAGUUCGUGGGACUACUUUGGUAGAAGUAGCAUCAGGGGCACUGAUGGUGAAGGUUGCAGGAAGAGAAAUAUGUCAGCAAAGUUUCUGCAAGCAUUUGCUGCUGAUCAUGACAAUCCAGAGUUACAGAGGCAAAUAGGUUGCAUGACUGGAAUCUUCCAAAUGUUCGACCGGCAGCAAAUUCUCACUCGGAGGCGUUUAAAUUUUGUUUCAAAAACUGAGACUACUGUUACUUAG